CAAAAGUGGCAGAUUUUGGAGCUUCAAGAUUAGUACCUCUUGACCAAACACAUGUUGCUACAUUGGUUCAAGGAACAUUAGGGUACUUAGAUCCUGAAUAUUUUCGCACAGGUCAAUUGACAGAGAAAAGUGACGUUUAUAGUUUCGGAGUAGUUCUUGCAGAACUUUUGACAGGGAUAUUACCUAUUUCGAGGGAUAAAAGUAACCAGGACAAAAAUUUGGCAGAGUAUUUUGUUUUGUCCAUGAACAAGAAUAGCUUAUUUCAAAUUCUUGAUCGCAGAGUAGUAAAAGAAGGAAAUCUUGAGCAACUUCAGAAAAUUGGUGAGCUUGUUAAGAGUUGCCUUCACUUGCAUGGAGAGGACAGGCCAACUAUGAAGGAAGUGGCAAUGGAACUUGAGAGUUUAAGAAAGUUCACCAAAAAUAACCCUUGGCCUACAGAAAAUGGACAUGAAAAGAGUGAAGAUGAAUUAUCAUAUCUUUAUGCAAUUCCAAUUGACUCUAACAGAGGUUUCGACAACUUCUCUGGACAAUAUCCCAACUCCUACACAAAUAGCAGCAUUUUUUCUGGACAAUAUAGUUCGGAUAGUUCUUCUUUGCUAUAUAAUACAAAUAUCUCUCGGUGA